GAGCCCAGGCCAAUGGAUGACUGAACUGCUAGUACUACUUUGCAAAUAGCAAUCUCCGGAAACCCUAAGCCUGCAUUGCCGAAUCCCUAUUUCGCUGUCUGGAACUUGGAGUUUGCUUGCUGGAAUUUGCAGGUCUUGAUAAAUCAUUCGAAGGUGCUUAAUAGAAAAUUAUGGCAGGCAGAGAAGUCAGGGAAUACACCAAUCUAAGCGAUCCGAAAGAAAAGAAGUGGGGAAAAGGGAAGGAUAAGAUUGAUGAUGAAGACAUCACUUUUCAGCGCAUGGUUGCCAAGGGAUCUUGGCUUCUUGUAAAUGCUUUGGUCUUCUGAUGCUGAUGCUAAAUGCUACCAGAUGCAAGAAGUUUCAGGAGAACGUGGAGGCUAUCUUCAUGGCCGAGGCGCAUUGGACAGUGAUGACUUACUUUAUCUUAAGGAGCAGAUGGAAGCUGAAGAGGAUGCUGAACGUCUCCUACGACGCACAGAGAAACGUGCUUUUGCUGCUUUUAAAAAAGCUGCAAGUAAAGCAGAUUCCUCACCUGCAUCGGUACCCUUGCCACUCCGUGUCGAGCCAAAGCCAAAGAGUGGGAUUAGACAGCAAGAUCUGCUGAAGAAGCUAGUGGAAGUUAAACCCAAGCGAACUAGAGUUUCAAGCCCAUCCACUAAGGAUCAUUCAUCCCAAGUUUCAAGCGAUCCUGUUUCCUCAAAUGCCAAGGCUGAUACUGACGGGCAGGAUAUGAGCAAGUGUAUACUCUCAAUAUCAAAUAAAGCAGAAGGUGAGAUUUGUCCUUCACCAAAGGUCGAUCACGACAAGAAAGCAAGUACUUUGUCCAGAUCAAAGGAGGCAGGAGAUGAGAGUAAGGAUGAAAAUCCUGUCAAAAGGUUACUAGGGUUAGCAUAUGCAAGUUCUGAUGAUGAAGACUGAAUAAAGAAUGGUUUUUUGCAGUUGACUAGAACAUUCACCCACUGUUGUUUUAUUGAUAAUUAUAAUGUGUUUUUGAGUUUUUCUUGUACAAAAACUACUUGCAUUACCUAGCCGAAACUAGCUGCUAAAUGAAUUUCAUGUUUGACAAAGAUAACUAGAGUAUCAGUUGGUACAAUUUAGGAAA